GCACCAAUUGUGAACGGGUUGUAUUGGUAAGAAUAGAGAUAGGAGAACGGGUUGUAUUGGUAGGAAUAGAGGUAGAAGAACGGGUUGUAUUAGUGGGAAUAGAGGUAGGAGAACAGGUUAUAUUGGUAGGAAUAGAG